AUGACAACAGGGUAUGUGAAUGGAGGAGGUCUUGGAAAACACCGCUACACCAGAUGGAACCGUGAGGACAGUGGAGAGGACUAUGGGCACGUGGAGUGCUACGGAGGAGAUGAAGAGGACAGGGAGCACAGGCUGACCCCAUUUGAGAAACUAACCCGGGAUAUGUCCCAGAAUGAGAAGGUAGUGAAGGAAUUAACCUUAGGGAAGAGGAUUGGAUUUUAUCGAGUCAGAGGAGAAAUAGGGAGCGGGAACUUCUCACAAGUAAAGCUUGGAAUUCAUUCCCUAACCAAAGAGAAAGUAGCAAUUAAGAUUCUGGACAAGACAAAGCUCGACCAGAAGACUCAGCGCUUGCUAUCUCGUGAGAUAUCCAGCAUGGAAAAACUGCACCACCCAAAUAUCAUCAGGCUGUAUGAAGUGGUGGAGACACUCUCAAAGCUGCACCUAGUGAUGGAGUAUGCAGGAGGUGGGGAACUCUUCACUAAAAUCAGUACAGAGGGGAAGUUACUAGAAACAGAGUGUAAACUGAUCUUCUCCCAGAUCGUGUCUGCUGUGAAGCACAUGCAUGACAAUAAUAUCAUUCACCGGGACUUGAAAGCAGAAAAUGUAUUCUACACCAGUAACACUUGUGUUAAAGUGGGAGACUUUGGAUUCAGCACAAUAAGUACGAGAGAUGAAACUUUAAAUACUUUCUGUGGCUCUCCUCCUUAUGCUGCCCCUGAACUCUUUCGCGAUGAAAACUAUGUUGGCAUUUAUGUAGACAUCUGGGCACUAGGAAUCCUGCUCUACUUUAUGAUGACUGGUAUUAUGCCAUUUCGGGCAGAUACAGUGGCCAAACUGAAAAAGUGCAUUCUUGAAGGGACAUAUACUUUGCCCCCCUCCCUCUCAGAAACUUGUCAGAAACUGAUAAAAGGCAUCCUUCAGCCAGUACCAACUGACCGGUACUCUGUCAAACUUAUUAUGAACAGUGACUGGAUGCAAGGGAUACAGUAUCCUAAACCUUUAGAACCAUUUAAACUGGAUCCAAAGUAUUUAUCAGAGAUCAGUAUGCUCAAAGAUGAAGAAAAUGAAGUGAAAAGUAUUCUGAAUGAUCUGGGAAUCACAGAACACCACAUUCAAAACAACCGGGGAAAAGAUGCUCGCAGCUCAGUAACAGGUAUCUACAGAAUUGUUCUGCACAGAGUACAAAAAAAAAGGGCACUGGAGUGUGUUCCUAUAAUGUCCAAUCCAGAUCCCAAAGAACAAGACUUUAAGAAAGAAAACAGUUCUUACAGUCGGCUAAAACACACAUCCAAGCUGUGUUCAAUUUUAUAA